UUGGAAUCGUGCGCAUAAGCAUAAAAUGGAUAAAAUUGUAUUAUCGCGAAUAUUAUGAAUCUUAUAUUUAAAUGAUUAGAACUCGGCGUAACGAGUCGGAUCGAAUUGUUGACUAAAAAGUAAUUACCGUGAUCAUUUGCGCUUCGGACGAACGAGCAUCGGACUUAGCCUUGCAGGGCCUUGUAAUAACUUAGUAUAAAAAUGGCCAUUGUUAAUAGAAAAAAACAAAGUAUAUGUAUAGAUAUAUGUAUAUUGUAUAUUAUUACGGAUAUUACGGACCAGGGUCGUGAAGAAAAGGAGGAAGAGAUAGAGAAGGAAACACAGCGUAGCGAACAAACUAGUUGAGAAACGGGAGACGAGAAGAAGUUUAACAAAGUAUAAAAAUAGAAUUGAAAGAAAAUAUUAAAACGUAUAAAUAUGGUUAAUUAUUUUUAUGAAAUGUCAAAAUAUAUCUAUGCUAUAUAAAUAUGUAUCUAUAUGAAAUUAUAGAUAUGUAGUAUAUACAUAUAUAAUAUUAUAUUGUAUAUUUAUUUAUUUAUAUUGUAAUGUUAAUCCCGUAUUUAAUACUCACACGUCAGUACAAAAAUCCGUGUGCACUUAUCAUACAUUAAAUAGCAAGAGAGGAAAAAAUCAAUCCGAUCGAACCUCGAAGAUUUUAUAUAUAUAAUUAUUCCCGCAGUGUAAAAAUAAUUAAGUUCCUCGUUUAUACCUUUUUCUGUAUGGUUUAUAUUAAAUAUACAACAACAAUGUACGCUGACUAAAAACGUACUUAAAAUUGAUGCAACAAACGAUAAAAAAAAAAACACGCAGAAAAGAAUCCUACCGUUCUUUUAUUUUUUCUACUCUCUUACCAAAAUUAAAAAUUCCAUUCUCCCGGGCAACGGUAGUAAUUUAAAAUUGAAUCAAUCCGAUCUAUAUGGGCGAGCAUAUGCAACCGGUGUAUGUACCUGUAUGUAUGUAUUAUGUAUUAUUACAAUUUACACGUACGUAGUCAGUUAUACGUAUGCAGAUGUAAGUUCCAAUCUGCAGGUACAUAUAUGUGUACGUAUUACACACGCAGGUUUUACAUGGUUUAUUUUAUUCAUAACACUACGCGGUGUAAUUGAAUACAAAAAACAUGCGACAAUGAUUCGUAGGGUAAUAAAUCGAAUGAAUAUAACAAGGUGUCUAAGGAUACAUCUGUACGAAUAGUUACCUAUAAUCUAAUUGUAAGUAAUGUAUAUUUGUAACAAUAGAUACCGUAUGUAAUAUGUAUGAAAGAAGCGAAUAACAAAUCUAGCGUAGUGUAUAUAAUAUAAGUAUACAAGAGAAGGUAUAUAAUGUAAAAGAGAAAGAAAAAUUACGAACGUUAUAUGACAAACGAGCACUAAACAAUAUUGCUGGCUUAUAUACCAUAGAAUAAUGUAUAAUAGUUGUUACAAUAUCAGAAUGUAAGUCGGGAUAAAGACGAAGUGAGUUUUAUAGAUAAAAAUAAUGUGUGUGUUGACGAAGAGUGGUGCGAAAUAUACAAUAUAUACAUAUAUUAUAACGGUUUGUACAGAUAACAACCUAUGCGAAUGAAGAGAAGAAUUCGUAACGGCGAAGUGGAUGAAAGGAUAAACGACGAAAAUGAAAAGAAAGGGGGAAAAAUGAAAAAUUGUUUGUUACACAUACAAGAAGACGAGAAAUCGAAAUGGAACUUCUCGGAGUAAAGUUUGCUCCGUUGAACACGCCGCUCGAGAGGCGCCUUCAGACUCUGGCUGCCGCCGCGUGGAUAAUGAUGCUGGUAUUCGGCGGUUUCACCUCUUGUGUGAUAACCGCGUUGCUUUUGAUUUACACAAGUGUGGUUCGAUACUUCCUCCUCGUUUAUCUUGCCUGGGUCUUCUUCAUCGAUCGAGAAACGUGUGAGAGAGGGGGCCGGAGCGAUUCGUGGAUCCUCUGGAUGCGGAACCACGCCUGGUGGCACUAUUUCUGCGCAUACUUUCCCAUAAAGUUGGUUAAAACGGCGGACUUGGAUCCGUCGAAGAAUUACCUCCUGUGUACGUUUCCACACGGUGUAUUGUGCACCGGAGCUUUCGGAGCUUUUGCCACCGAUGUCCUCGGCUUUCACAAACUCUACCCAGGACUUCGGGUCCGCAUGCUGACUCUGGGUCAACAUUUCAACAUGCCCCUAUUCAGGGAGUUCGUCUACAGUUUUGGCGCUUGCAGCGCGAGUGCCAGAAGCAUAGAACAUUUGGUCUCCGUACCCGGAGGCGGCAGAGCGACUGUUCUAGCCGUUGGUGGUGCUUCGGAAUCACUCAAGUGCAAACCUGGUACCUAUCGGGUAAUAUUGAAGCGGCGAAAGGGGUUCGUCAGGAUCGCUCUGAAGCACGGAGCACCUUUGGUCCCAGUGUUUUCAUUCGGAGAAACGGACCUCUACAGUCAAGUCGAUAAUCCCGAAGGAUCGUUACUGAGGUAUCUGCAAGAGAUGCUGAGAAAAUUCACGGGGAUCGCACCUGUUUUGCCGAUCGGACGAGGCCUUUUUCAAUAUUCAUUCGGUAUCGUGCCUCGGAGAAGGCCAGUCACGGUGGUCGUCGGAGCAGCGUUGAACGUGCCAAAAAUUAGCGAACCAACCCGCGAGCAGAUAGACGAGUACCAAAAAAAGUUCAUCGAAAAAUUGGUCGAACUUUUCGAAACGCACAAACAUCAUUACUUGCCAAAUCCGGAAAAUACUCAUUUAAUAAUUGAUUGAGUCAACUGAGGAAAAUGUAUUGUAAUAUACGUAGAAAUACGACAUGGUAUGUUAAGUUAUGCGCGAUUAAGAUCGUCGUAAUUGAUUAUCCACACCGAUGAACCGUCCGGUUCACUCUGGAUAAAUACGCGCGACAUGAAACGACGUCGGCAGUGGAUCUGUAUUAUGACGUAAUCGUAGGAGAGGAAAAAUUUCCACGUUUUGUAAGCAAAGAAACAUAUUCGAUCGACAAAAGUCGAAAAGAUUAUCGCGCUUUUCGCGCAACGUAUUCAAAAGUAGUUUAUUUAUCACGACAGUAUGCAAAGGCUGGAUCCCAGGUAUGGAUUUAUUAAAUAUUUAUAAAUCGUUUCACAUCGUAAUUAUAUAAACAAUGAUCGAGUAUCUGUAGACGAAAAAUUCAAUUUGGCAACGAUGAUUUAGGAGCAGAUAACUCGAGGAUUUUCAGCCAAAUCAACGUUGAAAUUAUAUAUAACAGAAUUUCACAACAUUUUUCGCGAAUCGAAAGCAAUCACCUGAUGUACUUGUAUGAUGAAAAUUGAACUUUGUCGUGUACAAGUCAGGUAUUCCUACGUGUUUAGUUUGUAAUCUAGGGUAGUUCCAUGUAGAUGAAAUUACUGUUAAUCACUGUUCGUGAAUAACGAUGAUAUGCUCAUUUACCAUUUCACGUUUCCACAAAUUGUUGGAAAAUCGCGCAUCACACGCACUUAUACAUAAUUAUAACAAUUUUAUACGUGCAAGAAGUGUAAAUGAAUUUAGAAAUACAAAUGAGCGAAGCAUAUUUCUCACGGGAUUGAAGCAUCGGUAUGUUCAUUGCAAUUUGUAAUUAUUUUUUAGCCUGUCACUAUAAUGAUAAUCUGUGUAAGAAAUCUGUCUUAGAAACGUUAUCACGGAUUUUUACCGAUUUUCAUACCAAAAUUUUUUUCGUCUCUUCGUCCAAAGCAACGCAAUAUGCAACCUUGGAUGGAUAACAAAUUAAAUAUCUCAGAAUUAAACGUUUAUGUAAGACUGA